CUCUAAAGCCGCAGGUUUACCCAUUGCCGCCCGACUGCAGCUCUGCUUAAAGUGGCCGUUUGACAAAAUAUGCAGUUCACCUCUUCGUCCAGAAGGGGUUGCUGAGUUCACGCUUAUUAAACCUCAGCAGAGACACUUCAGCUUGCUCUUUGGCCACAGUAUCGCUUCCUUUAUUCAGCUAAGCUAAUUGAUUCAAUGUAAACCUUUUUCUAGCAAACAAAAAUUCUAGCAGCGUAAACAAACUCCAUAAGCUAGCUAGCUAGCUAGCUAAUGAUUCACGGCUAACGGUAGCCUAUAGAGCAACGUGAUGUGUGUGCAGACCAUAGACUGUGGCUCAAAUUCUCUGAAAGUAAAGUAAGUUAGCUAGCUACGUUACCACUGUUAAUGUUUAGCGUUACAGUUCGACAUGGACGAGCUGGACACCGCUGCGAUCCUUCCCGGCGAUGUGUUCAACGCCACAUCCACGGACGAUGAAACCACCGACUCGUGUGUUCACAAAGAGGAGGAGGCUGAUGUACCGACCACCCGCUGCAGACGACCACCGUUUACAUGCUCGUCGCCGGUUUCCGUGGAGCCAGUGUUGUUUCUCUCCAUGUUUUCUCUGGCCUUGCAGUCGCCUCUUUCCACUCAGUAUCUGUGGGACCGCAUCAGCGAGGACCUCGGAUACAACGGCUCCAAGAGUUCGGAGUGCAACAACGGCUCUGUGCCCACUGACCCUCUUCAAACGGAGGUGGAAACCUUGACAGCCCACUGGAACCUUUACAUCAGUCUUGGGGGCUUUUCUAUAGGCCUGUUGGUGGUGCCUCUCCUGGGCUCAUGGAGCGACCUUGCCGGGCGCAGACCUGUCCUUAUCAUCCCCAACCUAGGCCUUGCCCUCCAAGCAGUGGUUUACCUAGUGGUGAUGUAUCUGAAGCUGCCUGUGGUCUACUUUUUAGUAGGCAGGAUGCUUAGUGGCCUUUCAGGUGAUUUCAACGCCAUCCUGGCAGGCUGCUUUGCAUAUGUGGCUGAUACCAGCGACAGAAGGUCCCGCACCUUUAGGGUGGCAGUCUUGGAGGCUUGUCUGGGCCUAGCAGGAAUGCUAGCCAGCAUCAUCGGAGGGCAGUGGCGGCGGGCACAAGGGUACAUCAACCCCUUCUGGCUGGUCCUGGCCACUAACUUGGCUUCGGCUCUGUACGCUUACCUGUUUGUCCGUGAGUCUGUCCUGCCAGACCCAAGUGCCAAGCUCCUCACCUCUCGCCAUUACAAAGCUGUGUGGCACCUCUUCUCAACAGGAGGGAGUAACAGUGAGGCUGAUAGAGGAUUUCACAGAUGCAAGUUGUGGUUGUACACACUGUGUUUCUUUCUGGUGGUGACUGUACACUUCGGCAGCAUGGAGUUGUAUGUGCUGUAUGAGCUGAGCUCACCGCUGUGCUGGGGGCCAGCCCUCAUUGGCUACGGAUCAGCCGCUCAGCACCUGGCCUACCUCAGCAGUCUGCUGGGGCUGAAGAUCAUGCAGCGCUGCCUGGAAGACUCCUGGGUGGCUCUCGUGGGUCUGGCUUCCAAUAUCAUCGGGCUGGUUGUCUUCUCUGUCGCUGACACCAUCCAGCUCAUGUUCACAGGUUAUGGUCUGUGUUUCCUCUUCAUGGCUGCAACCCCUGUGCUCAGGUCCAAACUUUCCAAGUUGGUGGACCCAUCGGAACAAGGUGCCCUGUUUGCAUCUGUUGCCUGUGUGCAGAGCUUAUGUUUUCUGGUUGGCAGUGGCAUCUUCAACUCUCUCUACCCAGCCACACUGCACUUCAUGAAGGGCUUCCCCUUCCUCUUUGCUGCCAUCAUCCUCUUCAUCCCCACUGGAAUUAUUGGGACCCUGCAAUGUUUAGACCAGAGGAGAGACCACAGAGACUCCACAGCAUCCUGACCUGAUGAGAGGUCAGAGGGCAGGAACCUGUCCGAGAGUUAAAGUGCUUCCUGGUGUCAGUCUAUGAGGGGAGCAGCAUCGUGUCCAUCUGUGGUGCUGGGAAACCCUUUGAUCUGGCCCAGCUGACUGUUGUUAACUAGCUCAGCGAUGGAACCCUUCCUUGUCACACUAAAGUAAUGAGGACCAGAGGAUGAAGAAUCAACUUCCUGACUGACAUGACUGUAAAACCUUCUUUGUCUUAAUAAUGAGAUAAUGGAGACUUUGGGCUUUGUAAAACCUAUGCUGGCCCUAAAAAGUCACCACAACCUUGGAUGUUUUAUCACAACAUUCAUUCAAAUGGUGUAACAAACAAGGUUAGAUACAAGCUUUCAUUUUGUGAAUUAAAACAUUUUCAAUACAGUGUAAUGAGUGCCAAAGAAUGUACCUUGCAUUUACACUUUGAAUGUAUUAAUAAUAAUGAAUAACUAAUGGCACACUACAUGUUAA